GACGAGCGGCUACAGAGAAAGGAUAACUGUAGCCGAGUGCCAGAUGAAAUGGUGCUAAUAAAUGUGAUUAAAAAACUACAAUGGUUAACAGGUAUUUAUGUUGAAUUCCAAGACUUCAGAUAAAGUUGUGUGAUUUAACGGGGUUAAAAUUCGGUGUCCAGACAAAGGAAUUCAACGUGGGUCUGCUCUUUUUGAUUGAACAAUCAUCCCACGUGGGGAACAGUAGUCAUAAACUAAACAUUCACACCACCUUCACCAACCAGACUUACUUUUGGAAUGCAUGCAUUUCAUUAGUGUAUACAAUGCCUUGAUCAGACAUUACAAUGGGCUGCUUCGACUCAUCCAUGGGUCCAAUGGGGAUAUUCAAGGGUUACUGGUGUGCCAGUGGACUGUUUGGGAUGUUUCUGGGACUGACGAUUUUAUUGACGGUCAUCCAAGCCAGCCCACACGUCGCAGACAAACACUGGUUGGAUUCCCUCACAGCAGACAGUUUGCCUUCUGACGGCCCAAACUUGCGAUUCUCCCCUCAAAAUCGACCAGUCUCCUUCACUGCAGCAUCGCUAGACCCUGAAUCUACUGCAGUGACACAAUCCUCCGACGGCCAGCCACAGGAGCCGACACUAAACUCUGGUUCUGAUGCUGCUGACAGGGCACUUUCCCACUGGGGCCUUUCACCUUCUCAAAACCCAAAAGCCUUUACCUCAAGUGACCCACUCGCUGAGCAGACAUUAACUCGCACAACACCUGCUCUCAGAUCGUUGACGCCCGGAUCGGGUCCGGAUUUUGAGGGCCCUUCAUCAAGGCGAGCAAGGGAUCUGUUGAAGAAAAGGUCCAUUGUGACGAUAUCAAAACAACCACCCCAAUCAAAUUCCACACCCUCAGCUCCCUUAGGGCCACAGCUUGUUCACCUUUACUCCGACCAGAAGAACGUAGAUGAAUCUCCACCAACACAAAACCAAAGCAAAGCCCCACUUAAUUCUAGAGAGCGAGACACUGAGACACUGGCCCCCAGCUACCUGCCUUUUUUCAGCCCCCACCCCACAGCCGCUCUAUCUGAACCCACGGAGGCCCUACCCGUAGACAUCUUCCCUACCAACACCAUGGAUAAGGACUGGGGCUCCGGGGAGUACAUGGAGACCAUGUCCUUCCUGGGCUCGGAGGGAGACGACUACGCCCUGGUCUCCAACCUGCCCUCGGACAUGUACGACCUGGAGGAGUCGGCCUCAGAGAGCUACGACACGUCCUUCCCGACCAGGGUCGGAGUGACCAUGUCCUCUUUCCUCCCGCAUUUCGUGUCGCCAUCUCUGAGUCUCAGCCCGCCCCUAACCUCCGCCGGUACUCCCACGUCCGUUUAUCCGCCCCCCCUGUCCUCCUCCGUCCAUCCCGCCUUUGAGCCCACUCCCCCGGUUGAGAGUGACGUCACGCGAUCCCUGGACGAGGAUUGGUCCGAGGCCUUCACCAUCCAAGCCACGGACCUCCUCUUGCCCGACAUGAACAGCAUAGAGUACUACACCACCCAGCUGACCAAGGAGAACACCAGCCUGAACACCGGCGCCGAGCUCAGGGGGAACGGCACCAUCUCCGGCCUCGUGUCCAAGAUGUCCAUCAGCACCACACACUUGGUGCCCACCAGGACUUUCACAGUAGACCCCAGCCACAUGCACACCUCUUUGUUCGGAGACGAUGGGCCAACGGACGAGAGCGCGUGGGCCGAGGAGGAGUCCUCGGGACCUUACGCGGGCUACGAGCCUCUCAACGACACCAGCCCGGUGAACGACACAGCGCUGGGUCUCCAGCCAGUCAGCAUGUCAGAGCACUCCUCCAUCGCGACCUCUCCGUCCUUUGUUGACGCUUCUCCGAUCUGGGAGGCAGAGGUCCCCACAACGCAGUUGGCCCCCACACCAGACGCGGGGUCGGACAGCUCUUACUACACCGAGUCCGGGUCCGCUCUGGCCGACGCCACAGCCAUGCUUCCCGACGACGUCCUCCUCUCGUCUUCGCCGUCGGACGUGUACUGGUUCACCACGGAGACGAUCCCCCUCGACGCUAGCUCCGUCACACCCGUCCUGAGCGCUAGCACGGCCCCCACGCCCGCCGCCUCCGCCGCACCGGCCCCCGAUGACACUCCUGCCCCCGAUGAAACCCCUGCCCCAGGCGAAGCCACUCCCAGCACUACCGUCAGCGCCACUCCCAACGCCACCGUCCAACCGUCCUCAAUGGAACCCUCACCCGACGACACGUCGCCUCCUCCCAUAAUGAUCGCCGACGAGGGUGUGAGCGGAGAGCCGACCGAGGGCCAUCCUGUGACACCGACAGCUUCAGCUGAAGAUAACACGACCUCUCUUAUGCUCCCGGUUACUACCACUGCCGCGGCCACUACUCCUCACAUCACAACGUCUAUCCCUACUACCGGUCAACCUGAAGCCGUCACCACGCUCAGCACCACCACGGUCACUACGGGCAAGAGCCCGGCAACGACACCGCAGGCGAGGCAGUAUCUCUGCAGCAUCGACAAUCCCGCGUAUGCAGUUAGAGUCGGUUUCCCCUCCGGGGCCACCGUCGGAUAUGCCAAAACCCAGAUCAGGGACAUCCUGAAGAGUGAAUUCAACAAACCAGUUGAACUGCAGGUUUUGGUGCCUCCUCCCAAGUUUGUUUUCCGCGUGGUAUCAGGCCCGGUGGUGUACACGGCCAUAGCUGUCACCAACGCCCUGCGAAGGUCUGGCCGCCGCUUCCUGUCUGUGGCUCCGGGUUGGACCCAGCCUGACAAUAAGUACCUGGCCCAUUCAGUGCUGCAGUUCGUGCCGGGCAACGUGGACGUACGGGCCUGCAACUUCAGCGAGCGGAUAGAGAAGGGGCUGACCCUGGCGUUGGCCGAAGUGCGGCGGCGUGCGCAGGAGUCCACCAACUUCACGGUGCACAUUGUGAACAUUACCAUGGCUGGCCCCGGACGUCAACAGCAGCCAGUGAACAUUUUCUUCGCCGUGCGGGGCUCCGGGGGCUACCUCCUUGGGUCAGAGGUCACCAACCUGCUGUUGAGGCUAACCAUGGUGGAAUUCAGCUACUACAUGGGCUUCCCGGUGUUGGAGAUAGCCGAGCCGUUCCACUAUGCAGAGCUCAACACCACACAGCUUCUUCGAUCCUCUUGGUUGAGAACAGUGCUCCUCGGUGUGCUGGACCCCAGGGUGGGUGACCCGGGCUUCCAGGCGAAGAUAGAGCGCCAGCUGGCCCAGCUGCUGGGCGAGGCCAUGGGGACGGUGCGGCGGGCGAAGAGAGCCACCACUGUGGGCAACAGCAGUGUUCAGGUGGUGAGCCUCAGUGAGCUGACGGGGGCGGACCACCCCCUGGAGAUAGUGUACUUCGUGGAGGGUCCCAGCGGACAGAGGGUGCCCGCGGUCCAGUCGGCCGAGCUGCUGAACAGCCUUGACGUGCAGAGGGCUGCCAUUGUCCUGGGACACCGAGUGCAGGGCAUCCUGGCACAGCCCGUAGAGAAGGUCGCGUCCCAGCCCCCGGACGCGGAGAACACGGUGCUGUGGAUCGUCAUCGGCGUGGUCGUCCCUCUGCUGGUGGUCAUCGUCAUCGUCUCCAUCCUCUACUGGAAGCUGUGUCGCACCGACAAGCUGGAGUUCCAGCCCGACGCCAUGACCUCCAUCCAGCAGAGACAGAAGCUGCCAGCCCCCACGGUGAAGGGCUUCGACUUUGCCAAGCUGCACCUGGGACAGCACGGCAAGGACGACCUCAUGGUGGUCCAGGAGCCUGAACCCCAGGGGCCCCACCCUGCGCCCGGCAAAGAGGGCCUCUACCCGCCCGAGAACAGGGAGAUCCCCGUCCCCACGUCCAAGACGUCCGUGUCCUCCGUCAAGGCGUCGCUCAGUGGCCGCCGGCGGGAGAGGAUCUCGCCGUCGGACGGGGACUCUGUGGUGAGCGACGGCUCCAGUGGGCGGGACUCAGGGGAGGAUCCACGGCGAGGACAGGUCACGCCCAGCGACAGCAAGCAGGCGCGCAAAACACCCAUCAGUGUUGCAAACGGCAAAAAUAGAAUCGGGCCCCCGCCCAUGAAUGGUUCGGAGCAGCUGUCUUCCACGGCGUCCAUCUUCGAGCACGUGGACCGUAUGUCCCGCUCCAUGGAGGCGAGCAGGAGGCUGCCCAACAAGAUCCAGCUCAUCGCCAUGCAGCCCAUGGCCGUCCCCCCACUUCUCAGGCCCAGCGUCAACGGAAAGAUACCGGUGAACCCCCACAUGAACAAAGAGAUGCAGGUGGCGCUGAGACACAAGUCGGAGAUCGAACACCACCGCAACAAGAUCCGCCUGCGUGCCAAGAGGAAGGGCCACUACGACUUCCCCGCCAUGGAGAACACGCCGUCCAACGGCUUCGGAGACACCAAAGACCCGGGCCGGAUCUACCAGAAGGCCCGGCAGCAGAUAGACCGGAUCCUGGACCCGGAGCUCCACAUCCCCUCCCUCUUCACAGAGUCCAAGAAAGGGGCUCGAGGCCGGCGCUCCCCGAGGCAGAGGAGGAAGGACCAGCUGAGCGCGGGGCUGGCGGACGCAGACCGGGACCACCUGAUCACCAGCGACAGCGACGCCGUCUACAGAAGGGGUCCCGGCGUCAGCAACGUGGCCUUCGUGUCGGACCCCGACCAGGGCUCCCCCGCCCGGAGCCCCUCGCCCAGCGACGACGUCUUCCUGGGCCCCUCCUCCCCGCCGCCGGGCCACGCCCCCGCUCCGCCCCCCUACGCCCCGCCCCAGCCCUCCAUCGAGGAGGCGCGGCAGCAGAUGCACUCGCUGCUGGACGACGCCUUCGCCCUGGUGUCGCCCACCUCGCAGGGCAGCGCGCCGGGCGUCACCCUCCCGGGGGGCGGCGGCGGCCCCCACCACCCGCCGGGCGCCAGUCCGCCGGCGGCCCCCGGCUCCAGGGCCUGGGGCUCGUCCCGCCCGCUGCCCCUCAGCUCCUUCCCCGGGCCCCUCACCAUCGCUCAACCCCCUCACUCACAGAGGUACAACGACCUGGGUUUGCCCCCGAGCCUCCUACACCGACAGGGGCUAGGCUCCAGCUUCCUGCCCCCAGGGGAGGCCCCAGGCGCUGGGCCCCCACUGCAGCCUGACAGCCUGUACCCUAGCAAGGGCCACUACGCUGAGGAGCAGCCCUUGUCCGCCAGACCACGACCAGUAGGGGGCACUGCAGGCUCCCAGCUCCACCACCUGACGCAGGUGGGUCUGUCCAGCCGCAUCAGCAGGGGACCGGUCGGACAGAAUGACGACUGGAGCCAUUACCAUGACAACGACUACUCCGCUCCAGGCCAUGGCAAGGAUGCGAUGCCCCGGAACGGUAUCAGGGAGCCCUCCGCACCGCCGGCCCACCAGAACACGCCCGGGCUGGGCUACCCCUCGGCCCCGGAGCCCCUGGACGCCGGCCCUCCCACCCACUCCUCGGCCUCCCUGAUCAAGGCCAUCCGGGAGGAGCUGCUGCGGCUGUCCCAGAAACAGGCGGCGGUGUCCAGCUACCACAGCUGAGGCGCCCCCCCCCUACCACCACCCGGACGCACCGGGCCCUAGUGGACCCCAGCCGCUCUCCGCCUCACCAGUCAUGCCACUACCUGCCCUUGCCUUGGUCCUCUGUCUGCCUUUGUCUGUUGAUGCUUCCCAUGGAAGUCUCCUGACUGCGAACGGCAUGCGGGGGUGACCUGUGCCCCGGCCCAUCCGCUAGACUGAGGAACGCCAGGCAGUCGCCGCCAGGCGUAUGUCCCACUGACGUACAGAGGGUUGAGUCACGGGACACAUUGUUUGAUACGGUAUUUUAGGACGGUAGCGCGAUCGAAGCAGGGUCAAGGCUCACUGCUUGUGAGCUGCGGUGUUGUGGGCAGCAUCGAGAACAUUCUGGUGAACUUCAGAAAGACAGGGGACACAACAAGAACAUUCUGAGCAGUAUUUUUUGAACCACGGGCCUUUCGGAGAUGUCUCUCCUUUCGUCAUUCACCCUGGCAAACUACUGUUGUCUGUUGUUUGCAGUUUGAACGCAACUACCAUUUGUAUGUUUUGCUGUGUUUAUUAUAAUCAUAACAGUAAUGAUAGCAGUUGUUUAGGGAAGGUUGUGUGUGUGUGUGUGUGUGUGUGUGUGUGUGUGUGUGUGUGUGUGUGUGUGUGUGUGUGUGUGUGUGUGUGUGUGUGUGUGUGUGUACAACUUACCAAUGGUUGUCUCAUUCUGCCUUACCAUCUUUUCGCUCCGCCUUGACACUGUGAUCCAGGGGUUCUGAGAGGAGCUGCCUCCUUCACAAGUGAACUCCGCAUCUACGUCAUACACUUGUCUACGGCUGUGUGGUGCAUGCUGGGAUUUAGUGCUUUGAUGAUUUAUGUGGCCAGUGAAACAACGGUUAAAGUGAAUUGUGUUGAAUUCUAAAAAUGGCGGAAGGAGUGGGAAGUGCCUAAUCGGCAUGUCAGUGAGGACUCGUAGUAGGGGGACUUAAGAGACUUGAAUUUAAGUACUUAUAAACACUACCUAUUUUUCAAAGUAUCAAAGUAGCACAUGUUAUGCAUACUAUGAUGGUGGCCAAAUAUUUGAGUGACAUUUUGAGGUUCCGAGAUCAGUUCCCAGUUUUUAUUUGUCACUAUUGGAACCAGAAAGGGGAUGUAUUAAUAAUGAAAGCCCCAGCUUUGACAUUCAUAGCAACCUAAUAAAGGGUCACUUAAUGCAGGGUUUUCAUUUUUCAACCAAAAUAAAAUCACUUCCUAGCCAAAAUUAAGUAUACAAACAGUAAUUAAAUUAUUCAUAAUUCAACAUAACUUAUUAGUGAGGAAUAGGGAGGUAUACUGUAGAUACACUAUUGUUAAUAAUACAAUUGUUUCUAUCUUGCUUGCCACUUGGAGCGUAAUUGAUAUGUAUGCUGACCGCAACAUUCAGAUCAGAUGUUCCAUCAUGCUAUUCCUACUGCAUAAUGGUAUAGUAGGAGGUUCAAAUGAAUGAGGGUAUGACAGCUUUUUUACAAACAGUAACCAGAGUCUUUCCAGUAUACAGUAUACACGAUUACGGCAUUUCUGUUUGUUUUUAAAGCAGGCAAAAUGUUUUGUUUAGUAGCGCGGUCACAAGUUCUAUUUACAAUGAUAAUUUAGAAAGAUGCUGUAGGUAAGAUAUAAGUGUUGUUGUUUGAGUCUAAUGGUUAGAAAUGCCACAGCCACUCCUAAGCUCAUCAGUGAGUGAAAUGCUCUGUGAGAAUAUAAUUUGAGAGAUGACGGCGUCUCCCUCUGUAUAAUUCAAUUUUGAUUUGAGGCCUUUCCUGCCAUAUUUUUCCAAGCAGGGAGUCUCUUCCCUGAAUGGUGAUCCAUCUUGCCUGUCGAACAAAUGUGUGUAAAAAGCAACACUUCCCAAUGGCGGAGAAACGUAGGAAGGGAGAGAGCAGAAAGUGAGGGGAUGUUUUUAUAGUGUUUAGUUUCAAAAUCUUUGCUCUCUUCUCUGCUAUCUUUACAAACUCUGGAAUCUUACCUACAGCCCCUUGAAUCGUUUCCCUAAUGUGCUUUAGGAAAUACUAGUAAUCUUCCUUGACUUGAGGUCCAUUUUGUAAUGUUCUUUUCAAACCUUCCUUUGUCAUCCCACUGGUUUGACGCGUGUUCCGAUUCUCCAGCCACGACUGUUCUGUGCACAUAUUGUUAUGUUCUGGGCCUGAAGUCCUAUUUCGUAUUAAUUUUAAAUAAAAAUAACAAUUAAACAAAAAUAAAAGAGGAUCUGGUUUCAAAGGCAGAGUUUUUGACAAAUACUUUCUGGGAUUGGAUGUCAGGAACUAGACAUUGUAUGAGGGGUAUUCAAUCAAAUAACCACUGUUACACAUCUGAGAUGCUGUAGCCUCCUUUAAUCCAUGUGAUGUGCCUAGCAGAAUCAUACCUCCCCCACCCGUGAUGUUCUGUAAUGGUUUCCUAUCAUCAUCCUCAUGAGUCAUCCUCUGUGAACUAUCUUGUUUCAAGAACAACUUCCCAUUUCCUGCCAUUUGCACUUGUUUUCCUGUUGUUUUCAUCCUCCAAAAUAUGUUACAAACUUGUUGUUUAUUUGUGGUCACUUAUUUUAUUAUUUAAAACCACUUUUAGGAUAAUUUUGUAAAUUGGUUAUGUUUGUAUCAAUCUCACACUGAAUGCCUCCAUCUGCUGGUUUGGUUAUGAUUUAACAGCCUUAAACCCUCUGAGGCCAACAUUUAGUUGUUUUUGUUUGGUCGGAUGGUUGUUUGCAUGUGCUUUGGUUUUUGAGUGGAGUGUGUUGGCUGGUCCAACGUUGUAUUUGACUGAUAUAGUGCAAAUGUCUUAUUAUUGAUAGCUGUAGACUUUAUGUUCACAUUUGUUGGUUUUUGAGCAUGAAAUACACAUGACAAUGUUCA